CCAUUCAAACAGCGUCGUUUUGUGUAGUCACUCCUCACAUGUUCUGGUUCAUUAUAAAUUGUGAGUCUAAUUUUCUUAUUACUAUAUAUUCACUUCAUUCAUCUUUGUAUGUACCACUUGAUUUUCUUCUAUCUCUUCCCAAUUUUUUCUUAAUUUCCAUGAUACCCAUUUCUUUUCUUUGGUAAACAAAAAAGGAAAUUUCCUUCCUUUACUACCAAACAAAGAAAUUGGGUCUUUAUAUACUGUGUUGAAAUUUCUCUGAAUUCUUGUAGUAUUUUCUAUUUUGGCCUUUUGGGCUUCUUGGGUGUGCAGAAAAGAUUGUAUUUUGAUUAUUGUUAUGGCGGAUUUUGGAGGAAGAUGGAAGAUUUUUAGGCCAUUAUUGUCAAUUUCUUGGAGUUUUCUUUUGGCUGCUAUAUUUGUUUCUGCUGAAAGAAGUUUGAAGAGGGAAAGUGUUGCAACUCAGCAGCAGUCAGAUGCUGAUUUGCUUACUUCUGUUGUGCAGUUCUUGUGGAAGCCCAAUGAAUCUGGUUACGAACAUGUUUGGCCGGAAUUGAAAUUCGACUGGCAAAUUGUUGUUGGUACGAUAAUUGGAUUUUUGGGAGCAGCAUUUGGGAGUGUAGGUGGUGUUGGUGGCGGCGGCAUAUUCGUACCUAUGCUUUCUCUCAUCAUUGGAUUUGAUCCAAAAUCAUCUACUGCAAUUUCUAAGUGUAUGAUCAUGGGAGCUUCGGUCUCUACUGUUUACUAUAAUCUAAAGCUCAAGCAUCCAACAAUUGAUAUUCCUAUUAUUGAUUAUGAUUUGGCCGUUCUCAUCCAGCCAAUGCUGAUGCUUGGCAUUAGUAUUGGAGUUACUUUCAAUGUGAUAUUUGCUGAUUGGAUGGUAACUGUUCUGCUAAUAAUACUAUUCGUCGUUACAUCAACCAAGGCCUUUUUGCGAGGGGUUGAUACGUGGAAAAAAGAGAGUAUCCUGAAAAAGGAGUCUGAGGCUGCGAAAAAGUUGGGCGCAAAUGACGCUGAGUACAAGCUCCUUCCUGGUGAUAGCAAUGCCGCUGAAAAGGAAGAAGUAGAACCUUCUGAACCUGUGGUGCCUAUCAUGGAGAACGUUUGCUGGAAGGAAACUGGGCUCCUGUGUUUUGUUUGGGUUGCAUUUCUAGGACUGCAAAUUGGCAAGAAUUACACAGACAAUUGUACGCCGGUAUAUUGGGUGGUGAAUCUGUUGCAGGUCCCAGUUGCCCUUAGUGUAUCAUCGUAUGAAGCUUUUAGCCUGUACAAGGGUUGGAGAAGGAUUGAAUCCAAGGGAGAAGAGGGAACUAACUUCCGGGUGCUGCAACUAUUUGUUUAUUGCUUUUUUGGAAUAUUAGCCGGUAUGGUAGGUGGACUUCUUGGUUUGGGUGGAGGAUUUAUCAUGGGUCCUAUGUUUUUGGAGCUGGGUGUUCCUCCGCAGGUUUCAAGUGCCACUGCCACUUUUGCGAUGAUGUUCUCCUCAUCAAUGUCUGUUGUAGAGUAUUACCUUCUAAAACGUUUCCCAGUUCCUUAUGCUCUGUACUUCAUUGCCGUGGCAACUGUUGCUGCUUUCAUUGGGCAACAUGUUGUGAGGAAGAUGAUUAUGAUACUAGGAAGAGCAUCACUUAUCAUCUUCAUCCUUGCCUUCACAAUUUUUGUGAGUGCAAUUUCACUAGGUGGGGUUGGUAUCUCAAAUAUGAUUGGGAAGAUCCAGCGCCAUGAGUACAUGGGCUUCGAGAACCUUUGCAAAUAUGAUCCUUAAUUAAGUUCAAGUUUAGGUGAAGCGUCUUAAGUUGGAGACCGAUUCUUGGCUUGGUGGAGGAAGAUAACCACCAUCUCAAUUUAGCUAGUUCAGUUCUACAUUAGAUCUAAAGUGGCAAUGAAUCUGCUGUGGAAGAUUCUGCUCUGGAGAAAUCUGCUGUGGUAUAAUUCAUGCUAUGGUUUUCAUCAUUUUCCCAUGAUAAUGUGGGACUUGGCCCUGUUAAUGUCAUGUUUGUGUGAAUUGAAUUCAGUUUUGAACACCAGAAAUAAUGGAGAAAGAAGAGGUAGAAAUUCUUAAGUCAUUUAAUUUUAAAGACUUAUGUGUUAUGUUGGUGUAAAACACUACGGUCUGAAUUAUUAUUGAUUCGCUAUUGUAACUUUGCCCCUUUUAGUAACAAGUAGUGGUACUUUAGCUUAUUUUA